UUUAUAUUUUUCAAAUCUCGUUUAAAAGGAUGUCAACUUUGAUAUCAUUCUCGCAAAAGAAGACAGAUCGAUUUGGAUGAGUUACGGGAACUGUUUCUGCAUAUCUUGAGUGUAAAGUACGGAAGAAGUUUGGAUAUGGCUGCUUCAAUCAAAAUUUCCACUGUUUCCUUUCAUUCCUCUCAGCUUUGUUCUGGUUUCAGACAGCCUUUAAUGCCAACAAAAAUAGGAUAUCCAAAGUCAGUAGUUUUGGUUUCUCAGAAGAAGAAACAAAAUGAAAAACAGUGUCGCUUUCCAAGCCCUUUGAAAGUUAUAGCUUUGGAUGCUGCACAGCCAUUUGAUUAUGAAUCCAAGAUAAGUAACGAAAUUGAGAAGUAUAGAAAGUUAAAGAUUGGCAUAGUCGGGUUUGGCAAUUUUGGUCAGUUUCUUGCAAAGACCAUUGUCCAGCAAGGUCAUACAGUAUUGGCUCAUUCUCGAACAGAUCAUAGUGAGGUUGCACGCAAGAUGGGGGUUUCUUUUUACAUGGAUCAAGAUGAUUUUUGUGAAGACCAUCCUGAGGUUAUAUUGCUAUGUACAUCAAUCAUAUCAACAGAGUCGGUGUUGAGAUCAUUUCCAUUUCAAAGAUUGAAAAGGAAUACGUUAUUUGCAGAUGUUCUUUCAGUCAAAGAAUUUCCACGUAAUCUCUUUUUACAGGUGCUUCCCUCAGAAUUUGAUAUAUUGUGCACUCAUCCUAUGUUUGGUCCUGCGAGUGGGAAAGCUGGGUGGAGUGGUCUUCCUUUGGUCUAUGAUAAGAUUAAGAUUGGAGAAGGGUUGAGAGCUGAGCGUUGUGACCGGUUUCUGAAUAUAUUUGUAAAAGAAGGCUGUAGAAUGGUUGAGAUGUCCUCUGCAGAACAUGAUCGCCAGGCGGCUGAAACACAAUUCAUUACACACACUGUUGGGAGGAUGUUAGCGAAAUUGAAUUUGGAAUCCACCACAAUAAAUACUAAAGGAUAUGAGUCAUUACUUCGUAUUGUUGAGAACACUUGUGGAGACAGCUUUGAUCUUUAUUAUGGUUUGUUCAUGUACAAUGUUAAUUCAACAGAGAAGUUGGAGAGAUUAGAAAUGGCUUUUGAUGCUCUAAAGAAACAGCUUACAGGCCGGUUGCACAAGAUUUUAAGAACACAGCUAUUCGAUGGGAUUGCCAGGGGAGAAGUGUCUGAGAAAAAUUUAACUCUUGCAGAUCUGAAAAACUCUAGCCUUUCGGACACUGCAAUUCCACUAAGAACAAAAUAA